UCCUAGGUGUUCGAGGGGAAGGGGGGGACUUGGCUUUGUGGUCGGCAAGGAACGGCUACCGGGAAAAGCAAACCUAGCGUUCAGGACAUUCAAUACUUCGACCCGGUCCACUUCGCUCUGAACCACCCUUUUUCGAUUUUCGGCCAUGACGCCAGCCUCCUGACACCUGCCAAAGACUUUCCAUUACCACCCCUUUCCUCGCUGUCCUCGCUUCUCUUUGCUCAGCAAUCGCCCCAGACAAGUUGGCGAGGCGAAUUCUCAGCACAAUGGCAACGCAAAUUGACCUCCUUCUUGCCGAGCACUCGGCCGCGAGCGUCCCUGAGGAGCCUCAUCCUGGGCCGUCGACCGCUCCGUCGCUUACAUACUCGGAUUCCUCCGAUGAAUUGGACGAGCCCCGCCAACCGGAAUUGCGCCGCCGACGCGCAUCGACGCGCUUGAUCGCCCAGAACCCGGUGGACGUGCAGCGCAUCACGGGCGAAACCAGGACGCAAUUGAUCCAGCGAUGCUGCGGAGGCGGUUGCUGCCUCGAUCUGGGACGGCCUAAGAAGGGCGACAUCAAGUUUGAACAAAUAGAGUUCCCCGACAACGACGCAUAUCGAUCGCUGUGUCUGAAAAUCGACCAAGUACCCGCCACACUCACUGGCGUGUGCGACUUGCCCGAACAGACUGCCUUCCUCCAGCCACUGCGAAGACCCUCGAGCGUGCCGUCUCCCGCUGACUCGGCCGUCUCGCUGGGCGAAAAUGGCGCAGCAUCAGCAGCAGUGGGCGGUGUCGCGAAGACGUUGCACGGUUUGAGUCUCGAAGAUCUCGACACGCGGAUACAACCGCCGUCCUUCGUUCAGCCGCAUCCCCCGCACCAUGUCUUCCCCGCGCGCAUCCACAACACCCGUGAACUGACGCGCCCGGGCGCGGAGAAGCGAACUUUCCACUUCGACCUGGACGUCACACAGUACCCUGAAGGCGAAGGUGUCGACUUCAAGGUGGGCGGGGCAAUCGGGAUCUCCGCUCCCAACGAGGAAUCAAUGGUCGAGGAAGUCCUCGACCUCCUUCUGGUGCCCCGCUUCCUGCGCGACAAGCCGGUCCUGCUGCGGACAACCAAGGGACGGUGGCCCACCGUCUGGGGCGACGACCAGGCGCGCGAGCUCGUCACUACCCGGCGAGACUUGCUGACCUGGUGCUGCGACAUCCAGUCGUACCCGCCCACGAAGCAACUACUCCGCGUCCUCGCCGAGCACGCCGUAGAUGCCAAUGAGCGCAAGAUCCUCCUGUACCUCUGCUCGGCCGAAGGCCAGGGUGUGUUCUGCGAUUUCCGGACGGGGCCGCAUGUCUCGCUCGUGCAGCUUCUUCAUGCUUUUCCGAGCGCCAAGCCGCCACUGGACCAGCUGCUCUCGGUCCUGCAGACCCUGAUGCCCCGCUUCUACUCGUUGUCGAACGACCCGCACGAGUCGUUCCUGACGCGUGAUGGUAAGCAGCACCGGCUCAUCGAGAUUGCCGUCACGGUUCAUGAGACGGCGGACUGGCGCUCGGGAUCCCGGACGGGCGUCGGGUCGGGCUUCUUCCAGCGGCAGGCGCUCAAGUUCCUCGAGGCCCAGAGGCAAGGCGAGAAGGACCCGGAGUUUUACAUACCCAUGUUCAAAGGCUUGAUGGCGAACCCGCUAGCCAAGGAGUUCGUGACGGACGGGCCGAUGCUGUUGAUUGGCGCCGGCGUCGGCAUCGCGCCCUUCCGCGGCUUCGUUCAGCGCCGCCUCAAGACGGCCAGCUGCGCCAACAAGGUCUGGGUCUUGCAGGGCUGCCGUGACUCGCUCGUCGACGAGCUCUACAGCGGCGAAUGGGGCGUGCACGAGGAUGAGGUGAAGCGCGUCGUGGAGAGCCGCCGUGGCGAGGGGCGCUACGUCCAGGAGGAGGUCAAGGCCCAGGCCGACCUGGUCUGGUACAUCAUCAACUCGGUUGAUGGCCGCGUCUUUGUCUGUGGCAGCAGCAAGGGCAUGGGGGAGGGUGUCGAGGAGGCGCUUGUCGAGGUCGCCAUGGACAAGGGCAACCUCGAGCGGGAGGAGGCUCAGCAGUUCUGGAACCUGAAGAGAGAGGUUGGGCAGUACAUCGCUGAGACUUGGUAGCCGCACAAUGGCUAUGAUAUGCUACUUGGGGUUCAUCUGCCUCGACUCUCACGCUCACGCUCAUGGUCAUCGGAUAUGGCUUGGGAGACGGCAAGAGAAAAGGAGAAGGCGUUUUAGGCGCAUA